AUGUCAUCACCUUGCUCUCCUCCACCUGGAGGAGAAGGGAACACGGACGGCGGCACGCAGGGCGCGGAGGUCCGGUCUGGCGAAGUCGCCGCUCCUGGCGAUGGAUGGUCGGACGCGAUCACACCAUCGGAAGGCCUGCCCGCGAAAACUGCACCCCACGCUGGGGGGAGAUAG